AUGUCUGAUAUCAGUGUUAAUAAGCGAUACAAGAAUGCUGUUGACUUGCUCAAUGCGUUGGAAGCCUCAGAUGACAGAAAGGACACUGAAGGUUUCCAACAACGAUUGAAUGAACUAAUCAAGGAAUUCGUGUUGAUAAAAAGAAUAGUUGAUCUGUUGGCAUUGUUCUCCAACAACGAGACCAUAGACGAAGUGGCACAUAACUACAUUCCAUUCCUCAAUGUUGAUUACUAUUUAGCGAAUUUGUAUGGGUGGAUCCAACCACCGCAACCUCAAAGUCUACAGCAGUGUAAAGCCCAUUAUGUGGAGUACAUUCAAUUGGUGGAAAGAUAUGGGCUACUUUCGUCCUCGCAGAAACAGCUAAUUGAUCCCAUAGUGGAGAAGAAACCACUUUCAACCAUGGACUUUGAUGAUUGGGAUGCAGCUAACAGAACAGCAUGGAGUCCCAUGGAAAAGAGACAAUUGAAAAUAGAUACCCAUAAGCAAAUCAAAGCAUUGAAGGAGAAGUUAUCGAUACUAUCAACAUCAACAUCAACAUCAGGCAUUGAUGAUGAGGCGGACAACCUCAUUGAUACGUUUGAUGAAGAUACUGUGAGAAAAGUGUAUUUGGAUCAAGUAAAGUUACACAUCUUACUAAGCUUCAAUCAACUAGAAUCUGUGUUGAUGGAGCUUGAACUUGCUAAAAAGGCUCCUCCCUUAAACCCCAACAAACACUACGAGGAUCAUCAGAAAGCUGCUCAAAGGAACGACAAGAGUGUUCCAACCAAAGAUGGCUCCUCAGGCUAUACCACCAAGGUAGAGUCCUUACCUUGGAAACAAGUUUCGGCAAGCCAAUUGGUGUCAAAGCAAGGGAAAAUCUUACAGCCAUUCACGAUUGUCUCGAAUAGAAACCAAUUGAGAGAGAAGGUCUUUGGUACAGGUCAAACGUUGCCUUCAAUGACUGUAGAGGAAUAUCUAGACUAUGAAUUGGCCAAUGGGAAGCUCAUGAAGGACGAGGUAAAGGAUAAGCCAAAGAACGAAGACGAUGAUGCCGAAGAUGAAGAAGAAGAAUUGAGAAAUAGAUUAUGGGAUGAUUGGAAAGAUGAUAAUCCAAAGGGUAGUGGGAACAUGAAGGCCAACAUAGGGUGA